AUGCCAAAAGUAAAGAAAGCUCAUUGUUACGUGAGAGAUUACCCAGGUGUCUUUCGUACAGAUGGAGCUAUAUUAUUUUGUACUUUUUGUGAAACCAACGUAUCGUGUGAUAGAAAAUCACAGAUUACUCAACAUUUAGGAACUUCUAAACACAUUGAAAAUAGUAAGUUGAAAUCAAACAAAGACCAGGUUAGUCAACAGUUUAUAAAAAAUCACUUGAUCAAACUAGAACAAAUAAUCAAAAUCUGA